AAACAGUCCGCGAUCGAAGUUGACGUGAAAAAGAAAAAAAGAAAAGAAAAGAAGAAAAAAAACAGAACACGUGCGUUUCCGAGAAAGCCGACGCUUCCACGGAAUCGCGGUCUGUUUUCACUUUGAAUAGACGCCGAGGAAGAAAAGAAGAAGAAGAAAUCCACCAAAGAAAUCCCCGGAUUUAUAACUCCAGGUUAAUACACAAACGCGUCCACUAGGGGGCGACGCAGCUAAACUCUCCGUUGUCACGUGUCUGUUGUACGUCAUCACGCACGCCGUGCAGUAAAACGGUCAGCUGAUCAUCGGUGAGGGAGGAAGUGUCAGGUUGCGGAUCUCGGGAUUCUUCACGGACGAUGAACAGCGCAGCGCUUUUCGUCACGUUUGCCGCUUUGGCAGCAGGUGUUUUGGGGGACCAGCUGACGGUGCUGCGGAGCCCCCAGUAUGUGAACUUCAGAUCAGGGAAAUGGCCGCUUGCUGGAGAGAAGAUCCCGGACCUGGUGGCGCUCACCAUGGGCUUCUCGAUCCGCCAGGAUCUGGAAUGGCCCGGUUUGGCAGUAGGUUCUCUGUUCCAGCGUCCGCGCGCCAACGCCUUGAUCACGGUCCGGGGAAUCGACAGUUUGGAUCUCCCCUCUAAUAUCUCCUCGUACCCCCUGGAAAAUUCGGUGCCCUUCACCCUGGACAGCGUUGCGAACUCCAUCCACACCCUGUUUGCUGAGAGCACUCCGGUGGUCCUGCAGCUCGCCCCCAGCGAGGAGAGGCUGUACAUGAUGGGCAUGGCCAACACGGUGUUUGAGGAUUUGCCCGUCACUCUGCAGCAGAUCCGCACUCGUCUGUCACAGGAGGGUUCGGUCCUGCCUUCACUCCCACUCAACUCACUGAGCCGUAACAAUGAGGCUGAUCUGCUCUUCCUGUCCGAGAUACAAGUCCUACAUGAUAUUUCUGCUCUGCUGAUGAGACACAGGCACUUGGCUAAAGACCAGGCUCCUGAUCUGUUCAGUCUGGAGCUGGCCGGUAUGGAGGAACUCUCCCGCCGCUACGGCUCAGACUCCCCUCAGUUCCAGGACGGCCGUGAGAUUCUGGUAGCUGCGCUGCAGAAGUUCGCUGAGGACGUCUUCGGCGUGUACAGCAGCAACGCGGUGGUGGAGGUGGUGACGGUGCAAACGUUCGAGACGCCGCUCAUCAGGAAGUCACGCUCCAUCCUGCAGGCUAAACAGAGUAACCCAGGAAACCCCUACAACCUGGCCUACAAGUACAACUUCGAUUAUGCCGUGGUGUUCAACAUCGUGCUGUGGCUCAUGAUCGUGUUGGCUCUCGCCGUCAUCGUCAUCUCCUACAACCUGUGGAACAUGGACCCGGGCUACGACAGCAUCAUCUACAGGAUGACCAAUCAGAAGAUCCGCAUGGACUAAACCGUGCGUUGUGCCGCAGUGCGGUUGCUGUGUGUCGUUGUUAUGCGUGUGUGUUUGUGUGGGUGUACAGGUUUCUCAUUUCCAUACAUCGAGUAUAUUGUGUGUGUACAGAGAUAAAAAUGUCAUUUUGUGAAUAUAGGAUGAAGAAUAUUUAUUGAUCUUUGGUGAGGAAAAAAAAAGAUUACAUCUAUGUAUACAGUAAAUGAUAGACGGAUGAACAUGUGUUUAGCUUCCAUUAAUUGCACACCAGUUUCUAUUGGAGUGAAGGUUCUGCUGUAGAGAUGUGCUCAUGUGAGGUACUGUGUUUGUGAUCCACCUCAUUCCCUCAUUCAUCUGUAUUUAUUGUCUUUUUUUAAAUUCCUGAUACACUGGACCAUAAUAUCUGGCGUAGGGUAAAAAAAGUGGGCUGAUUUGACCAGAAUUGCAUGCGUUGAAUUAAAAACUUCAUCACUCUUCCACAUUGCCAUGAAACGUUGUUUUCUGUCCAUCUGAAACUCAAUAAAACCGUUUAGGAGACGAA